CGUCCGUUCCGUCUGCUUCCUGUUGAAAGGAACAAGUCGCACGUCGGGGGCGGAUGUCCUUAACUUCUGUCGCCACCGAAUGCUUCACUUGUCGUUAAGCUGUGCAUAUAGCGCGCUAUCCUGGACCGGACGCCCCUCAGGAAGAAAAACUUGCAUCCACCACUGCGCACGCUCGUUUCAUAUCAUUAGCCCAUACAGUUUCAUGUAGACUGAGCUUCGUUACUGAGUCACGAGGAAUGAAGACGAUAAUCCUAAUUCUCUUCGUCCAGGUGGCGCCUCUAGUACACUCAAAACCGCAAGCAACAGGGUGUACAGAAAAUGAAUUCCUGUGUGUCGACGGCAGAAGGUGCGUACCUCAAGACGAAGUCUGCGACUCAUUCCGGCAUUGCGACGACGGCAGUGAUGAACUCUACUGCGAGACGUGCAAGGGCUUUCUGUGCGAAGACGGGAAGUGCAUAGACGGUGAAUGGAAAUGUGACGGUGGUCGGGACUGCGCAGGAGGAGAGGACGAACAUGGGUGCGCCGUACGCGAAUGCGGUGAGUACGAGUUCCUUUGCAAGCCCAAGAACAGAUGCAUGAGCAACUACCUCACCUGCGACCGGGAGGAAGAUUGCCCCGAUGGAUCUGACGAGGUCGAUUGUGAAAACCGUACCUGUCCUGGAUUCAAGUGCAAAAAUUUUGAAUGCAAACUGAGCAGGUACAGAUGCGACAAAGAACAGGACUGUGCAGACGGAUCUGACGAAGAAGACUGUCCUCUACCCGAAUGCGAGGAAGAAAGACAGCUCUGCAAGCCGGAGCUUGAGUGCGUAGAUAUUACAAGCGUCUGCAACCUGAUGAAGGACUGUCCCGACGGCUCGGACGAGCGCGACUGCGAACAUUACAAAUGCGAAGGAGGUUUCAAGUGUGGGGACCAUAUGUGCAUUGUGGGCCAGUACAAGUGUGAUGGAGAAGAAGACUGCGAGGACGGGUCUGAUGAAGACGAUUGUCCAAUGCCUCAUUGUGGGGAAGGCGAAUUGCUGUGCGAAGAGACAAAAAGAUGCUUGCCGUCAGCGGACAUCUGCGAUUGCCCGGAUGCGUCUGAUGAGGCCAACUGCAUAGAUUAGGAGCCCCUUCUAGAGCUGAUCCUCCACCAUCUAUCUCUCUCACCUUCCGCUUGUACGUGGACUCAACCUGCAUAACGCAGCAAGCUUCUAUCAUGUGGAAAAUAAAAUACGCUGACACACGGUGA